UUACAGACUGCAUCUCCCAUCAGCCUUUUAAACGGCCCUCUUCAUAAUUGCUCUGUCAUUAAUUCUGAGGGAAAGUAAAGGCGCCAAUAAAUUGUGAGCAGUGGUGGUCGAUAAGUCCUGAAGAGGAAAACAAAAAGGACAGAGAGAGAGAGAGAGAGGGAGGGCGAGGUAGACUGGAAAACAUCUGUGAUAUUCCACUACGAAGCAUGCUGGCAUGUGAGAUUUAAGUUCUCAUUUCGAGAACCAAACCAAACCCAGCAGGUUUGACUUUCUAUCGUUCUAUACAAACAGAUGCCUGUAAUUCAACUUCACCACUUGCAUGACACAUUGUCACUUCAAUGUCAUUUCUAUCCAUACUGUUUUGUUUUCUCUGUCCAUUUGAGGCAGGGGAAACAAAGGCAGUGCUGGCAGUAGUAACAGGCUAAUAUUGGCUACAGAGGGCAGCUGACCGGCUGCCUCCUGUAUAUUUAGCUCAGGGCCAAUACAUGGGAGAGGUGUAACAGACAUUGGCUGGCAUUCACUUCUCCUAAAGGCGUGGAUCUAGUGUGUGUGUGUGUGUGUGUGAGAGAGAGAGAGAGAGAGAGAGGAGUAGUGCGGGACUGCCUCAGAUCACUCCUCGGUGCGAUUGGAGGUAGACGGCAGCCGGCAGAAUGAUUCUGUUGUCUCUUGGACUAUAUUUUCAACUCCUCUGCUAUGUGUCGUCAUUCUCUUACGUGGAGAACAUAUUCCCUCUCCCAACAGAUCUCCAGUUGCUGGAAACCAGAAAGAAAUUCAACCCCUGCUGUUUACUGAGUCCACCUCCGCCCCCUCUCUUCCCUCCACCCCCUUCACUGUGGCGGCAGGGGUCUCUGACUGAGACUGGUGUUACACCAAAAGAGGUGAACUCAGAAGAGAAGCACAAUCCCACAACCCACAUAUGUUCCCCAGGGCCUCCAGGACCAGCAGGACCUCCUGGCCCUCAGGGUCCUUCUGGACUGCCAGGACCAAAGGGACCAAAGGGAGAUAAGGGUGAAAUUGGAAGACCUGGACAAAAGGGGCGCACUGGCCCUCCUGGUCUCCCAGGGCGACAGGGAUCAAGCGGAUGGCAAGGACCAACUGGGCCUAAAGGGGAGAAAGGUGACCCUGGCCUGAUGGGCAUGCCAGGGGCAAGAGGACCAAUUGGACCCAAGGGCUUCCCUGGACAUAAGGGAGAAAAAGGCUCACAAGGUUUCAGAGGUGAAAUUGGCUUAAAGGGUGACAAGGGAUCAAUUGGUCUUCCUGGAAUGCUUGGGCAAAAGGGUGAAAUGGGCCCAAAAGGAGAACCUGGAAGCUCAGGGAACAGGGGACCCACCGGCCGCCCAGGAAAAAGGGGAAAGCAGGGCUCAAAAGGUGACACUGGUGCAAUUGGCCCCAUGGGACCUGCAGGCCCUCCGGGGGUCUCUGGUCACCCCGGCCCUCCUGGUUUGCCAGCCUCAGGACUCUACAUGGUAGGACAGAAAGGAGAGAAGGGACAAUCCGGCAGCCCAGGCCGCUGCGGAUGCAGUAGCCCCUCGAGUGUCAACCCCUCCUUUGACCAGCACUUGCACCGGGGCAUCUAUCCCAGAGUGCCAGCGAUAUUUGUGGUGAAUAACGAACAGGAGCUGAACCGCCUUCAGACCGACAACGCUUUGGCGUUCCGUAAAGAUCAGAGGUCGCUUUACUUUAAAGAUACCGAUGGCUGGAUGCCAAUUCAGUUAACGCCGUUCCAGUCGAUGGAGCGGGAUCCCGACCAGGACGGUUUCUGUGGAGACAGCAUUGUGCAAGUGGAGAACGGAGAGGAGUGUGAUGACGGAAAUAAGGUGGUCACAGAUGGCUGUGUCAAGUGCAAAUUUGCAUAUUGUGGGGAUGGAUAUCGCUAUGAAGCGGCAGAAGAGUGUGACAGAAAGGAUUUCGGCUUUCACACUUGCAGAUCCUUUUUGCCUGGAUCUUAUGGACAUCUCAAAUGCACAGCUGACUGUUUCAUUGACUCGACAAACUGCAAGUAUUUCACAUGAGGACACGAGAAAGCAGUGUCUCAAUUCAGCUGGCGAGAUCCAUAUAAACAACGACACUGAACACCAUAGAUUCAGCAGAUAAACUGAGAGUAGAAAUCAUUGAGGGAAUUAUCACAAACACAUUAGCUGAACUCUUUCUUGACAUGAUGCUCUGAGGCCACGUAGCUCACUCGGGAAAGGAAAGCCACGGUUCUGCUCUUAACAGUACUUCAGACACCAAUAUCCGUUCAUUCAGCCUCUGCUGCCUGCUGCCCAGCCCUGGCUCGACAUUUGGCCAGUGUGGUUGGCAAGAGGAAUGAAGCGAGUUGGGUGCCCUUGGAGAUGGGUAAAAGACUCCUCAAUACCUCAAAGUACUGUAGUACUGUUUCAGAGGAAAGACAUUUUCCCCUGGUCCAUCCCACCUUCCCUUACACAGGGUGCUCUGUAUGUGGAAUGCAAUGUGACAUUGUUACUAUAGUAUUUAGCAUGAGGCUGAGAUUGCAGUAGACGUGUCAGCAGAGAUCAUUACCGAGGCAUGUAAAUGAGUCAAAGCUCAUAUCUUUAAUUGUAAUAUUAUGUAGGCUUAGACCAAACUGCUGCUUGGCCCUGGAAGAAUCCUAAUAAUUUAACUCUGAUGUACAUUAGGAUCAGUACAGCUUUGCAUACUGGGUCCAAAAUUAACCUGUUGCCAUACAGCUCAACAGCGGGUAUAUUGAAAAGAAAUGUAGAAAAUUUAAGGUUCCAGAUAUAUAAAAAAAAAGUGGGCUCACAAAAAUUAUAUUUAGCUAAAAGCCAAAUUACUUUGUAAUUGACAAAUGUCAGAAUGGCUAUAAAGUUCAGAAGUGCUUUAGUCCAUUGCAUGCAUCUGACUUUGGCUUUCAGUACACGCUUCGAUUUAAUUCGAACAUAACCAAAAAAUGAUUCACGGUUCAGUGAGGGAGUUACUUUUAAACUCAGUAACAUCUCUGAACGAUUCACCGAUUUGGUCUCCGAGCAAAUCACUCCAUCACUCCAUAAAAAGAACUGGCGAAUUUCAAAAAUGUGUUUUUGCACACUUGAAGGGCACUUUGGGAACUUUACUAUAAUAUUAACAGUAUAUUUUUACAGAGUUUGUUCUCGAAUCCGACUUCACAGUUCACGCUGUUCAAGAAACACUGUCUCGCACUCCUACGAAAUGAUAGACUUGAAAUUAUUGUUGAAAAAAGCUACGUUUUUGUUGGAUUUGCCACCAUUUUACUCACCCUAAUGUGAAACAUUACCUCUCAUAUACCAUUUAUACUCUCGCUUUAGUGGUUUCAUGCAAUUUAAACCAUUGUUGUAUUGACCCAAAUGGCCAGUAAAUCCAUUUACUUUCUCACCAAAUUCACAUUUUACUCCCGUUGGCGCAUGGCAGGUGUUAUUUUUGGACCCUGGCUAAAAAUUGAAUCUAAAAAAGGCUGUAUGAAUGUACUUCAGCAGUAACCACAAUAAUACUACAAUACUAAUGAUUGACAAUACUUUAUUACAGAUGUUUAAGGUCAGAAUACCCUCCUUUCCAGGCUCUCAGUAUGUCUUGCUGGGUCACACUUAGUCUAACAUUUCCAUCAUAUCUCAGGAAACCACUUAAAAAUAUCCAGAACCUUUCCACCUCCAUGUGUGGAGUAAGGUGCACAUAUUCCACAGUUUAGCCUAGUUCCACGCUGUUGUCUUGCGCUUCAAGAGCUUGCAGUCUUGAAGUAAAGCAAAUACGGUUUGUUUAUUAGGGUUAUGAGUCUACAGAUCUUAAAUUAGGGUUGAAAAACCAACCCAAUCUCAUGAGUAACUAUUUUAUGAUCCAGCGAUUUAUUUUGAAUAAAUUCGAACCAAAACCUACUGUCAAUGGAGCGUAAGCAGCUUCUGAAGAAAUGUAGAAAUGGUACAUAAAAAUUCAUACGAAUUAGCUACCAAUUUGCCGAAUGUAAAAUAGUUAUGAAUUGCCAUGAGAUUAUGUUGGGAAAACCAUUCAGUAUGUGAAGGCUCUACAGCUGUUAUUGAACAUUUUGUACUGUCUACUAUUGCAGGAGUAGCAUUUUGCUGCUAUUCAGGCUAAAGACUGUUGGAUUAAGGCUGGACUGUUUAUGUCGUUCCAAAGGCUUUAAAUUGAUUCAUACCCAGUGCCAAAGUCCAGUCUGAAUAUACCUCAGCAUAUACAGUGUGCUUUAGCCUUUGUGAUUACAUGACCCGAGGUGUAGCAUACAGCACUUACUUACUGUUAUAUUCAGUGAAACUUUGCUUAAGUACCUUUGAGUUAUGUUACUUUUUUUGAUCAACUCUAAGCCAGUUUUCCAUAAGCUAUAUGACGCAUUUGCUACAGGAACCUCUUUGCUUACAUUUCUGGGGUGAUAUUCCUGACUUAUCUGUAGAUUUCAUGUAAAAUAUUAUGGAUAUAAUAUGGAAAUAAGUGUCUUGAAUGUGUUAUUCCGGUGCAACUGCAUGUUCAUCGUAUACUCUUGUUAAAAAGAGCAGGAUUGCCACAUUUCGAUACAUUGACGGCCUAUGACAGGGAGGCGUUUUUGGAGUUAAAGUGCAUUAAGCUUAUAACUGACUGUUAUCCUCAUACUGUGUUUGUACAAACUGAGAAAAGAUGAUAUAUAUUGCACAACGAACAUACAAAAGAGACUGAAUGUUUUGUCCUAGUGUAAUUUGAAAGAUGUUCUCAAUAUUAAAACAUGUUUGAUACUGUCCUGUAAUCAUGUUGAAAUAAAGCUUGAAAAGCUAACUUACCACUGACCUUUA